AUGGCUCUUGACCGCCUCAAGCAAGCUGCUUCACACCUCACGGGCAAAGUCGCACAACCACACCCAUUUGAUCCUCUCUCGGAGCUUGAGAUCGAGGCCGCGGUAGCACUCGUCCGCAAAGAGCAUUCCGAUGUCUUUUUCAAUGCCGUUACGCUAUGGGAGCCGCGCAAGGCGGAGAUGAUGGCAUGGAUCAAAGCACCAGAAGUUGCCCCCAGACCGCACCGUGUCGCGGAUGUGGUGUGUAUUGGACGCGGAAGCAAGGUGUUUGAUGCACACGUCGACUUGACCGAAAGCAAGAUCUUGAGCUGGGAGUUGACAGAGGGCGUGCAACCGCUCAUCACCAUGGAAGAUCUACAGAUCGUUGAGACUGUCGUACGUAAAGACCCCAAGGUCAUCGAGCAGUGCGGUAUUCUCGGCAUCCCACCAGAGGAUAUGCACAAGGUCUACUGCGAUCCCUGGACCAUUGGCUACGAUGAACGGUUCGGCACGAAUGUGCGACUUCAGCAGGCUUUGAUGUACUACCGCCCGCAUGUGGAUGACAGCCAGUACAGCUUUCCGCUCGACUUUUGCCCAAUCUACAACUCGGAUACUCAGGAGAUCGUCCACAUCGACAUCCCACCGGUACGAAGGCCGCUGAACAAGGCGGCGCCGAACAACUACCAUGCAGCCGCGAUCGAGAAAGAGGGCGGGUUCAGGAGCGAUCUGAAGCCAAUUCACAUCACGCAGCCGGAAGGCGUAAGCUUCAAGAUGGAUGGGAGGUAUAUCAGCUGGGCGAACUGGAAGUUGCACGUCGGGUUCAACUACCGCGAGGGCAUGGUUCUGAGCAACAUUACAUUCAAUGACAAGGGCACAGUGAGGGAUACAUUCUGGCGACUGUCACUCGCGGAGAUGGUGGUGCCGUAUGGGAACCCAGAUCAUCCUCACCAGCGCAAGCACGCCUUUGAUCUUGGAGAGUAUGGAGGUGGAUAUAUGACGAACUCGCUGAGCCUGGGAUGUGAUUGCAAGGGCGCGAUUCACUACAUGGAUGCGGCGUUCGUCAACCGCGCUGGACAGGCUACGACGAUCAAGAAUGCUAUCUGCAUCCACGAAGAAGAUGCCGGUAUUCUGUUCAAGCACACCGACUUCCGCGACGACAGCGUAACAGUAACCCGCGCUCGCAAGCUGAUCAUCUCGCACAUCUUCACUGCAGCAAACUACGAGUACUGCGUCUACUGGGUCUUCCACCUCGACGGCACCAUCCAGCUCGAAAUCAAGCUCACCGGUAUCCUGAACACAUACGCCAUGCUUCCCGGCGAAGACCUCAAGGGCUGGGGCACAGAAGUCUACCCCGGCGUCAACGCACACAACCACCAGCAUCUCUUCUGUCUGCGCAUCGACCCGAACAUCGACGGACCGAACAACACCGUCUUCAUGGUCGACGCAGCGCGCGGCGACGGCGAAGUUGGUAGUGCAGAGAACAAGUACGGGAACGCGUUCUACGCGAAGAAGACUAAGCUCAGUACCCCUGGGCAAGCCGCGACGGACUACAACGGCGCAACGAGCAGAACGUGGGAUAUGUGCAAUGAGAGCAAGAUUAACCCGUAUAGUAAGAAGCCCGCAAGUUACAAGCUUGUGAGCAGAGAGGUGCCGGAGCUGUUGCCGAAGCCAGGGGGUUUGGUGUGGAAGCGUGCGGGCUUUGCAAGGCAUGCUGUGCACGUUACAAAGUAUGACGACGCCCAAAUCCACCCCGCCGGCCGCCACGUCCCCCAAACCUCCGGCGAGCCCUCCCAGGGCAUACCGGACUGGAUCGCCGCCAACCCCACCGCGUCGCUCGAAAACACCGACGUCGUGCUGUGGCACACAUUCGGCAUCACUCACUUCCCCAGCCCCGAAGACUUCCCUGUGAUGCCGGCCGAGCCGAUGACGCUGCUGCUGCGGCCGAGGAACUUCUUCACGCGGAACCCGUGCUUGGAUGUCCCGCCGAGCUAUUGCAGUGUGCCGAGUGGUGUGAGGCAGGGGAGCACGCUGGUCGAUCAGAUUAGUAAGUUGGCAUUUGGGGAGAAGGAGACGAGUGCGGCGCAGGGGAAGGGGCCGGGGGAGGCGGCGUGCUGUGAGGGUGGGAAGUUUGGCGCUGGCCACACAGCACACACACACCAUGACAUAACACAUACACAUUCCCCUCCCGUCACUAUCCUGGCAUCUCCGUCCUCCUCUCAGCAUGCGCUCGCAACGAUCAAAGGCCUCGACACCGCCAUGCCCCGCGCCCUUCCGCCGGUAAACCCCAACGCGGACGGAACGAAUGGCACCCUUCGCACGCCGAAACCCACCAUCUCUGCCUCGGUAGUCGAGAGUGUAGCAGGGUUUUCGGCGGGUGUGGUGUCAUGCCUGGCCGCGCAUCCUCUGGAUCUGCUCAAGAACCGGCUCCAGCUCAACACCAGCACACGCUCGCGCCUCGGCGACUCCUUCCGCAUCCUCUCCAGUGUUGUACGCGAUGAAGGUGGCGCCAAGGCCCUCUACCGCGGCCUAUGGCCUAAUCUCCUGGGAAACAGCUUAGGUUGGGGUCUGUACUUCCUGUUCUACGGCAACCUGAAAGAGCUGCUCAAGAGGCGGAAAGCAGAGGGUGAGCACCUCGGGAGCGCCGAGUUCUUCUCGGCCAGCAUCAUCGCUGGCCUCAGCACAGGGUUCUGCACAAACCCCAUCUGGGUCGUGAAAACGCGCAUGCUCGAAAAAGGCGCCAACCACCCCGCCGCCUACAAAACCAUGCGCGCCGGUCUCUCCCACGUCUACGCUACCCGCGGCCUGAAAGGGCUCUGGGCGGGCUUCGUUCCCUCCACUUUGGGCGUUCUGCACGGCGCAGUGCAAUUCUCCAUCUACGAGAACAUGAAAAAACGGCGCGGCAACCAUCUCGGCGGCCAAGAGAAGCUUUCCAACUGGGAGUACAUGUACAUGAGCGGCGGGUCCAAACUGCUCGCUGGCGCCAUCACGUACCCGUACCAGCCUAUUCGGGCCAGGAUGCAGCAGUACGAGGCUGCGAGCAGGUACAAUGGGCUGUGGGAUGUGCUGAGGAAGACGUAUAGGAACGAGGGGUUGUUGGCGUUUUAUAAGGGCGUAGUGCCCAAUACGUUGAGGGUAAUUCCGACCACGGUUGUGACGUUUUUGGUAUAUGAGAACACGAAGAUUUAUCUGCCGAAGUUGUUUGAGGAGGAUGAGCAGUUGGCGCAUGAGGAUUGA